AUGUUACCUUGUGGCGAAGUCGUUGAACGAACUCACAAUUGCAUCUCAACGCUCCACGUCGCAUUCACACCCGCUGUGCUUCGCUUCCGCCCUCUGUUCACGCGCUCUGCGGCGCAGUACCGUUGCGACUUCCUACGAGCUGUGUCUCGCAGGUUCCAGCGUGUCCGUCGCCGCAUCACGCCGCACGAGCCUCCUGCGCACACGGAGGGCGAGGGGCGCCACAGGAGCACGGAAGAAGCAGCGCGGCACACAAGCGCGUGGGAGGGACAGGGCAGCAGAGCAGCGGGCAUGGCGGAGGCGGCGGACUACGUGGUGCCGGCCAUCGCCAUCACGGCCGCCACCGCCGUCACCUUCAUUGCCGUCAGCUUCAACGAGCUGCGCGAGAAGUCAGCAGUGCAGCAGGAGUUGAAGCAGCAGGCCAUGCUUCUUGAGGAGCAGGAGGGCGUGGUGCUGCGCUCCAGCCUCUCCUCCAAGGAGAAGCGCCGCGCCAGGCAGGGCAAGAAGAAGGGCUCCUGA